CUCGGAUAUCUCUUCCGGAGCGGUGUGUGAAUCCGAAGGUCGUAUGUGUGCUGAGAAUGGCUGCCUCGUUGGUGUUGAGGAGAUGGUGCUCUGCGGCAGCGGCUGAGGCAGCAGCUCCAAAGAAAGGCACAAGAUGGGAACGUCUCAAGAAUGGCCGUGUUGGUGUAUGGAUCAAGGGCAUGUAUGGCGACUACAAAGAGGCCUGCCGUGAGAUAGUGGUCGGAGCCCGGGACCGACCCAUCAAAGCAGGCGUCUACCUGGGCCUGCUGGGCGGCGCGUACGCCUGCUUCAUCACCAACCCCGGCGAGGGCUCCUUUGACGCCGAGGUGAUGGACGUGUCCAACCAGCUGGCCCUGCUCUCGCCCUGGAUCCGCAACGGCGUGUCGGACGGCCACGUCCAGAAGAUGGCCAAGCUCCGGAGCCAGGGCCGCCUGCGCUACCUCAGCCUGGGGCUGGUCUCCCUGGAGUACCAGGCGGAGUACGACCCGGACGCCAACCUGUACGAGGCCGUCUGCUCGCCGCUGUCCGUGCCCUGGCGCGAGCUGCACGAGCGGGUCGUGGACGUGGGCUUCGCGGGCCGCUGGUGGGUGCUGGACAACAAGAUGAAGGACUACGACGUGAACGAGGAGGAGUUCCGCAACCUGCCCCCGGCGCUGCAGGCCUCCGUGCCGCCGGCGCCCCAGGCGACGGAGCGCAACGAGCAGCUGCACAAGGACUCCUGGAAGCCUGUGGGCAUGCAGGAGGAUGAGGAGGAGAGGGCCCGGGCUGCUGCUGAAGCUGGGCAACAGAGUGCUGGAGGAGGAGAGGGGGCAGGUACUCUGGCCACCAUCCUAGACAGUGCACCUUUAAGGGACUUAAUGUCAUCACUGCAAAGCAUAAAUCCACUACCUCUCCUGAAAGAUUAUGUGGGAGGAGACUUCAUGUCAUCACUACAAAGCAUAAAUCCACUACCUGUCCUGAAGAAGUAUGUGGGAGGAGUGGCGGAGACUCUGAAGGGCAGUGAUGGAGCAGAGGUGGGGACUGUGGAGGGUAGUGAUGGAGCAGAGGUGGCGACUGUGAAGGGGAGUGAUGCUACCAUAGAUGGAGGAGAGGUGGGGACUGUAGAGGGGAGUGAUGCUGUAGUAGAUGGAGGAAAGGGGGAGACUGUGGAGGGGAGUGAUGGCGGAGUGGAGGGCAGUGAUGCUGUAGAUGGAGGAAAGGGGGAAACGGUGGAGGGGAGUGAUGGAGCAGAGGUGAGGACUGUGAAGGGGAGUGAUGCUGCAGUAGCUGGAGGGGAGGUGGAGACUGUGGAGGGGAGUGAUGGAGGAGAGGUAGGAACAGUGGAGGGCAGUGAUGCCGUAGAUGGAGGAGAAGUGGGGACUGUGGAGGGGAGUGAUGCUGUAGUAGUAGAUGGAGGAGAGGGGCAGACUGUUGAGGGGAGUGCGGCUGUAGAUGGAGGAGAGGUGGGGACAGUGGAGGGCAGUGAUGGAGGAGAGGGGAAGACUGUGGAGGGCAGUGAUGCUACAGUAGGACAGAGUCAACAACAGAUGCAGACAUAAACUCAACACAACCCUCCCUGAGUGAUCCACCAUCAGGGGAGGGGGACUGUCGCCAUUGGACUCAGCUGCUGAUUGAGUUGUGAAACAGAGGGGCCUUUGAGGACUGUUUACUCAAAGCCAAAUAGGCCUUCUUAUUCCUAUUCAGAGAAAGGACUGGACUGGACAGACUAUCGCCAUUUCGUUCAGCAAUCUGUGUGGCAGUGUAAUGGUGAGACAUUUUCACCAUGCAGCCUGUUGGUUUUAACAAGUGGGGAUGUUCUUGAAGUCAGAUGAAGAAGAAGUCAACAACGUCAAUGUUACUGGGUUUUAUUAUUUGACAUUUUCAGUGUUGUGCUGUGUCACACAGUUAAUUUUGGUUUCUUCAGUUGGAAAUGUCAACAUCCUCUGAGCAGCCUCAGCAUUAAAGCUGCCAGCUUAUGUUCUGUGAAAGAUUGUUUGGCUCAAGAAAUGAAAGGGAGACUGUUAUUACAGUUCUCCAAGGUGGACUGAACAAUGGAAGCAAAUUCAAGAAAAAAAGGAGAUCCUGAUGUUGAACAGGGUCUGUGAAAAAUGAAAUAAAGUAUGUCAUAAAACACUGAA